AUCUGCUGGUCGUCAAUGUCGAGACCCUUAAAGAGUUAGGGAGAACGAGAGUGACUGCUGGUGACGUACGUCCGUGCGAGUUGCUUCACGUGGAGCGAGCGCACCUUUCAGCUCUUCUCGCUCUUCCAUAUCGCGACCCCACCAACUCCACCGGCGAUCAAUCAAUCGCCAAACCAAGUGUCAAAGUCAAGGGAUAUCCAAGAGCUUUCGCCCUCUUAUGCCACACGAGUCCGCCUGCUGGUAAUACGGUAUCCUACUUUCGCAGAACGGCAGCCGACCAUGGCCAACGCCCUCGCGCCUCGCACUGGCGCCAGCGAUGGCGCCGAUGCAGCCAAGGAGAUCAAGGGAGCUGGCUUCGGACCCAUGUACAAUGUCAUGCGCUUCAUCGGCGAACGCAGUGCCGCGCACUUCUUCAGACGUGUCGAGGUCAUUGGUGGGCAUGAUGUGCCAAAGGAUGGACCAUUCAUUCUUUGCUGCACCCACUUCAGCACCAUCAUGGACGUGGCCAUCAUCUCUGCAGAGCUGCCACACAGGCGUCCGAUCCACUACUGGGCCAAGCGCGGACUUUAUAAGCGACAACCUUUCCGCUGGAUCCUACACAGCUCUGGCAACAUUCAGGUGGAUCGGCAGACGAAAAAUAACCAGGAUCUAUUCGCUGGCACCUUCAAGGCCAUGGAAGCUGGCGAGGCGAUUGGCCUCUUUCCCGAGGGAGGCUCCUACACCGAGCACCGCCUACACAGCAUGAAGGCUGGCGCCGCUUGGGCAGCGCUCGAGUACGCCAAACACAUGGGCUCGGACAAGACCAAGGUCACAAUUGUGCCCGCCAGCAUCAAUUACACCGAUAAGAGUCGCUUCCGAAGCGACGCUGUCUUCCAAUUUGGCCCGGCGUUCUCUGUUGACGAAUAUACCCAGGAAUUCCUGUCCGACGCCCAAGUCGCUACAGAGGUUGCUGCCAGGAAAGACUUUCCCUUUGACGUGCAGCCCCGGGAUCCGCUAGCAAGCGUGCCCCAUACCCCAGGUCCCAGCAUCAUCGUCAGUGGUGACAAUGGUCCGCACCCCGAGACGCGGAUGCGCCUCGGCCUCGAUAUCGGCGACCAGUCGCGCAAUGGAUCAGCUCUGCAGACUCCCUUGGACCCCAACGGUCCAACACUCGAUCGCGCGGAGACGAACGGAGUCUCGUUGCUACAAACGCCCUCCUCUACCGUGUCGAAAGCCCCCUCGUCGUCUUCAGGGGCACGAUCGGCCGUCAAGAAGCUUACGGAUCGCAUCGGAGCCGAGAUUUACAAGCUCACGAUAGAUGCGCCCGAUUGGGCAACUUGGCAUGGCAUCAAGAUGGCCAGGGAACUCAUUUGGACUCGAGGUGGUAGCUUGCCUCUUCGCGACUUGGUGCCCAUCUCUAAUGCCAUUGUCACCAUUCUCAAUCUUGAUACGCCCGAGUCGCGAAAGGCAAAGGAGGCCCUUGUAACGCUACAAGCCAUGGUCAUCGCCUCUUCGACAGACGUCUAUACUCUCAACGCGCUCGAGAAAGCCUUUGGGCGACGUAGCAGCCCCCGAAGCACCUCUAUUCUUGCGCUGAUCCCUACGGGCCAGGACGCAGCGCAGGCACUUCCAUCUUUGAAACUGUCGUUGCUUUACUUUGGCGAGCAACUACUUUGGCUUCUCGUCAGGCUACCGUACGUCCUGCCCUUGGCCCUGGUCUAUGUUCCAGCGUACGCCGUGGGUUGGGGCCUCAGCCUUCGCUAUGCGUCUCAUGAGGAGGAGAGCAUGGCAAGCGCAAAGAGUCUUUGUGCCUUUGUCAUUGCCGCCCUCACGCAUGGUCUCGUCAUCUUCGUAGUGGCCGCCCUGAUGCUCUUUACGCCUCCAGGCUGGCUCCUAGGUCUUGGCGUGUCCUACGCCAUCGAGAAAUUGCACGUUUGGCUCCUCAACGAGUCCUACGACCGCAUCAAGAAACUUGUCGCCUCGAUCCGUGUUCUUUUGGCCGUCAUUGGCGUGCGAUCGGGCGUGAUGCCGCAGCGUGGGUCUGAAGAUGAGGCGGUGCGGUUGGCAAGAGAGAUUCUCUACGACAGGCCGGCGAUCCAGUGGAGCUACAUCAAGACGCUCCGAAUGGGAGGUCUCGGGGCUGGUGACAGUGCCGGGGAGAAGGAGGAACGUCAAACUAAAGCGAUGGAGAGGCCGCCCAUUGCGUCCGUAAUGGGUGCGGCCAUCGAAUCGAGAAAAAGGGCGCAGAUCGCGCUGGCAGAGCUCCUCGCCACUGAUCAGGUCAGGGCGAGUACGUUGAGCAACUACCUACCGCCGGUGCGAAAGUAGGAGGAAGAAAGGCUCUUAAAGCGAGUGCCGCCAAUCUCACGACUGAAUGAUACCUUUCAAUAUUACCUUACGAAACGAAUAGAGGGGUGGGGGAAGGGAAGGAGAUUAAUU